AUGUCUAGCAAAACCACCAUCAGGAGCCAAAGCAGCAGCCGCAGGGGCUUCAGCUCUGGCUCAGCCAGAGUCCCGGGGCUGAGCCGCUCUGGCUUCAGCAGUGUGUCUGUGUGCCGCUCCAGGGGCAGCGGUGGCAGUGGUGUGGGAGCCAGCUUUGGCAGCAGGAGCCUCUAUGGCCUGGGCGGCUCCUCGCGGAUCUCCAUGGCAGGGGGCAGCUGUGGCAUCGGUGCUGGAUAUGGCAGCAGAGUUGGAGGCAGCUGUGGCUUUGGAGGUGGAGCCGGCAGUGGAUUUGGUUUUGGCGGUGGUAGCUUUGGGCUCAGUGGUGGUGGAGCUGGCUUUGGUGGUGGCUAUGGGGGCUCAGGCUUCCCCGUGUGCCCCCCUGGAGGCAUCCAAGAAGUCACCAUCAACCAGAGCCUGCUGACUCCUCUGAACCUGGAAAUCGACCCCACCAUCCAGCGGGUGAGGACAGAGGAGCGUGAGCAGAUCAAGACCCUCAACAACAAGUUCGCCUCCUUCAUCGACAAGGUGCGGUUCCUGGAGCAGCAGAACAAGGUCCUGGACACCAAAUGGGCUCUGCUGCAGGAGCAGGGCACCAAGACUGUGAGACAGAACCUGGAGCCUUUGUUCGAGCAGUACAUCAACAACCUCAGGAGGCAGCUGGACUCCAUCACUGGGGAGCGAGGCCGCCUGGACUCAGAGCUGAGAGGCAUGCAGGACAUGGUGGAGGACUACAAGAACAAAUAUGAAGAUGAAAUCAACAAGCGCACAGCAGCAGAGAAUGAGUUUGUGACCCUGAAGAAGGAUGUGGAUGCUGCCUACAUGAAUAAGGUGGAGCUGCAAGCCAGGGCAGACAGCCUCAGGGAUGAGAUCAACUUCCUGAGAGCCUUCUAUGAUGCUGAGCUGUCUCAGAUGCAAACCCAUAUCUCAGACACUUCGGUGGUCCUGUCCAUGGACAACAACCGUAACCUGGACCUGGACAGCAUCAUUGCGGAGGUCAAAGCCCAGUAUGAGGAGAUUGCGCAGAGGAGCCGGGCUGAGGCUGAGUCCUGGUACCAGACUAAGUAUGAGGAGCUUCAGGUCACAGCUGGCAGACACGGGGAUGACCUGCGCAACACCAAGCAGGAGAUUGCUGAGAUCAACCGCAUGAUCCAGAGGCUCAGAUCUGAAAUCGACCACGUCAAGAAGCAGUGUGCCAGCCUGCAGGCCGCCAUAGCCGAUGCCGAGCAGCGAGGCGAGCUGGCCCUCAAGGAUGCCAGGAGCAAGCUGGAAGGGCUGGAGGAUGCCCUACAGAAGGCCAAGCAGGACAUGGCCAGGCUGCUGAAGGAGUACCAGGACCUCAUGAAUGUCAAGCUGGCGCUGGACGUGGAGAUCGCCACCUACAGGAAGCUGCUGGAAGGCGAGGAGUGCAGGUUGAGCGGUGAAGGCGUGGGACCAGUCAACAUCUCCGUGGUGCAGUCCACAGUCUCCAGUGGUUAUGGCAGCGCUGGUGGUGCCAGCAGUGGCUUAGCCCUAGGCGGAAGUGGCGGCUACUCCUACAGCAGUGGCCACAACCUCGGAGGUGGCUUCAGUUCCAGCAGUGGCAGAGGCAUCGGAGGAGGCCUGAGCACUUCUGGGGGCAGCACCUCCACCAUCAAAUACACCACCACCUCCUCCAGCAGGAAGAGCUAUCGGCACUAAAGUCCACCGCUGGACUAUGGUCCCUGGGUGCUCUCCUUACCUGUGGCUGCGGAGCCCUCUGCUCAGGUGCUUGUCCUUCCCUGUUCUCCUGCCUCUGCUCUCUAGUUGGAGCUGAGAAUGCCACAGGCCUUCGGUGUUCCUCUGUCUGUCCCCACCAUUCCAGACCUCAUGGCUCACUUGUAGAAUGUCAACCUCUGACUACACAUCACAAUUCAUGUACAUCUGGUGCUCACUUUGUUACUAAGUCAUCAAGCUCUCACCUUCUAGUUCUAUGUGUGAGGCCAAACCUGACAAGAAAAAGGAUCCCUGACCACUAUAUUCUAGAAAUCCCUCUUGGGUCUUACUCCAGAACAAGGAGCUCCUCUAUAAUUCCCAUUGGCCCAACAAUGCCCCAUCAGACACUCGUGUGAACCACCUGGGUGAUGGUUGUGAUUGCACUGUGAUGAGUCCUGUGACUUAGAAUC